GUUUUCAGGGUUUUUUAGAUCAAAAUUAUAAAAUGUUACGGAAAUGCUGUUGGUUGAUAAAACUGCGCAAAGCCUGCAUCUUAAUAGCCGUGAUAGACUUUAUCAUCAACCUGGUUGUGCUCAACAUGUCCGGUCAGGAGUUCAUCGCUCACAUCGAACAGGCGGUGGCCAUCUGCCAUUGCAUCGGCUGUACUUUCCUGCUGGGCGGAGCUUUGAUCAGAUCAACAAUCCUGCUGAUGUUCUUCCUUAUAACCAGCCUGACCAACUGCAUCAUCAUGAUUGUGUACUGCAUCGUCCAGCUGGUUAAACAAGAGCGACACCAUGAGAUAAUAGUUCCUAUCUCGGCUAUAUACAUUUGUCUUGAUGUCUACUUCUGGAUAAUCGUCUAUUCGUUUUAUGUUGAAGUGAGAAAUCCUCGAGAAGCAAUAGAAGUUUGA